ACAAGGUGCAGUACUGCCGCGCCGACUGGCCGUCGCUCUGGGCGCAAAUUACGAGCGGCGUUCAGAAGACGCUGACGCCCAAGAUCGGCGUCUAUGUCUCGGGCCCCAAGACGUUGUCGCGCACUGUCGAUGCGAUGGCCAACUCGACGCUCUUCGAUGUCCACCACGAAGAGUUUGAAAUGUAAAAGCAGUUUUUAGAGAUAAACGAUGCAAAUAUUUUCAAUGAGUG